AGCAUGUCAAGUGUCAAUUCCGUUUGGGUCUUUUUAAUAGGCUUGAACCUUCCUACCAGUCACCACAUUGACCGCUAGAGGCUGACGAUUCUAGCAGUUUAGAAGAUGUGGCCGGUACAGGAGCAGCCCCAAGCCCUUUUAUUUAAAUUGUGAGCAGAUCAAAAACAUAACAUUUAUGGUUAUUUUCAGGUAAUCCCAUGUGUCUCCGCCAAACUUCCUGUAAAUUUUGACUUCAACUUUGAAGAUAGAAACGUGGAUGAAAACACAAAUCUUUAUAAAUGGCCGACAGAUCGAAUGAUCAAAGAAAUUCAACGCAUGCCUUGCGGAUUAGUACCCAAAGGCUACUGGAGAAAAAACUCACAACACAAGUACCCAAAUCUCGAAUGGGAAAUCGCCUUCCCGAAAAUAGAGAAGUACCUGUUCACGAAGAUGUCUCACACCCAAAUAAGAUGCUACUUAUUUCUCUUACUUAUCCAUAGAAUCCACAUUGAACCAAAAACCAAAUACCAAGGACUGCUAGUCGACCAUAUAAGACAUCAUAUAUUCUGGGAAUGUUGGAAGAAUUUUAAAGACUGGCCAGAGCACAGACUUGGCUAUAAAUUGAAAGAAAUCAUUGAAAAUUUGAUGAGUAGAAUAUCAAAAAAUAAUCUGCCGGAUUUUUUCGUCAAAGGAAAGAAUCUUUUCUAUAAUGUUCCUAUUAAAUUUUUGUACAUAGCGUCUGAAGAGUUGCAGAACAUUCUAGAACGACCAGCCAUGAGAUUGAUACGGAUACUGGAGAGCUUGAGUUUUAGUCCGCAUUUUUACAAGGAACUCAACGUUAGAAAAUUGAAGAGAAUGUUGUACUUGACAGGAUUGGAAUUAGCGACAACGCAGUUGCCUGUACCAAUGAGAAACGAUGACUUGGAUAAAUUGCAAAAGUUUAAUAAUCCAGAGACUCGAGUAGAAUAUAUAAAGCUGCAGAAAAGAAGGCAUGCUAAGGCGCAAAAAUUGCAGCGAACAGGUCAGCGGAGGAUAGAGGAUGAUGGUGAAUCUGAAUCAAAGUGGCCAUGCAAAAAAUAUUUCAACGAAGACAAAAUAAAAAUAUCUCACAUCCUCCUGUUCUUCGCAGACCGUUUCAUAAGUUUAGCUACAUACAGCUCGUUAAGAUCCACCGUAAAACAAACUCGGUUCUUUCUGAGACAAGCUUGGUAUUUAACGAAAAUCAAAGACGGACUAGGAACUGCGCAUUCGCAAAAGGAAUUCGAAGACUUGCAAGGGAUCAUCGAAGAAAUGGAGGAAGAAUUGUAUAAGAAAGAACUGGCACGCAAAAGUGUCGGGUUGUCACCAGAAAUGCGACUUGGUGGUUCUAGGAAACUCCAUCAAGAGGUAGAUGAUGCAGGAGAGGCUUCGAUUUGUUUAGAUAUAGAUGAAGAGGUAGAAAUACGCGCUAAAGCUGGCAGAAGAAUUUAUAUACCGAAGAAAAAUUUUGUACUGCGCCAAGAGGUUUCAGGUGUUGUAGAUGAUGUUUCAGGUGUUUCAUAUGGCCAAGUAGAGAAGCGUGAAAAACUUGGUAGAAAAAAUAACACAGGAAAGAGUGUAUCGUUCUUGGAGCCACAAAUCGAUGAUUUUCUUGAAGCCGAUGCAUAGAUGAAGAAAAAAUAGACAAAUGAAUAUAGAUACAGCAGACGCUCGAUAAUGUAAACUAAUUUAAUCCAAGUGUGGUUCACAUUAUCGAAAUGUUUACAUUAGCGAACGUGAUUUAUAUAAUAUUUGAUUUAUUAAAAGAAACGUUUAAUACAUACUAUUUAUAACAAAAUAAACAAAUAUUCUAACA